AAACUUGCUGCAAACUGUUGUUUUCAAUGCAGGCCUAUAAGGAAGUAUUACAAGGAAAAGUACAGACGAAUGAACAAGGAAAAUGUGGAUUCUGGAUGGAAUGAUGAUGAGGAACUAAGCAUCAGAGUUGAUGAAAGUCACCACACAGAUUUUGAAUCUACACCCUAUUACCCUUCCCCACAGCCACUGCAGGAACCUUCAUCGACACCUUAUAAUGCUCCAGGUACUAGUGAAUACAGUUUCAAAUUGUGUAAUUUUGGCCUGUUGCAGGCUCUUGGUCAGUGCGGACGAUCGAAAAAGGCACGCGGACGACGAGCGGGAUCUGGGAGAGAAAAUGGUGACUUAAAACUUGCUCAACGACGCAACAAGACAGUUUCUCUGGAAACUAACAAAAAAUAUCUCAAGGCUCUUGUAUUUUUCACUUUAUCGUUUGAGGUUCAGUGGAUGAGCAUUAACUGUUCUCUUCCCCUGCUUUUAACAGUUGUCAAACCGUCAGCGGUCUCUACCGCGAAUAAUACACUUGCUGUUAAUGGUCAGGACAGUUACAGAGGAGUGCCACAGGCAGCCCAGAGCUAUGAAAGAUCCACAAUCCAGGUUCUCUUUGAUGACUGGCUCAGAGAUUCUCGGAACGUGGAAAGACGAAAAAUCAUUAAACGCCAAAGUUUCCAGAAAAGACACUCGCUCGCUGACAGCUUGGUAAUAGCCAAAUCAGUUAUUGAUGGUCAUGCAAAGAACAAGCAAUUUGAGAAGAAGGCCUCAGAGCGGCGUCGCGUGAUUAAAAAUUGUGGUUCUGCUCUUGAAUCAGCGUCUGGUGAACGGCGAAUGUCUUUCGCUGAUGAGCUCCAAGCAGCUCGCGCAGUGAUAGUACCCACAUGGGAUUACAAAGAAAGCCUGGCGAAGUCCAAGGAGAAAUGUCGUACAAUUAAGGAUACGUUUGCUGGGAAGAGGAGGCCAUCACUGUUGGAGGAGAUUGGAGUUGCCAAGAAUGUCAUCGUAGAUAGUGAGAAAAGGAAAUAUUGUCUACCCCCUGCUGUAGUGGAGGAGGUAAGCGUCUCCAGUCGACUUCAAGCAUAUAUUAUAAAUGUAUUUUCUUAAUGGAGUAUUGUGGUGCUGUCGUGCACCACAAUACUGGUUCACGAUUAUUUUCGAGACGUAAACAGAAGUAUCGCGUUAGAGUCACCAUGACAACCUCCCAUAUAUGCACACUAUAGUCAAGUUACACAUCCCCAACGAAGACGCUGCAAAACGAAGCUUUUGAGCUCUACGCAACGUAAGAUUACUCAAUACAAAUAAGCGAUCCCAAUAACAAAGAUUCCAAGCGUAAAACCGGCUAUCCGAAGGGUACUUAGUUGUGUUUGAACAAUAUGCAUGUCCAAACACGUGCAAAGCGACGCGUACGAUCGUUUAGCUAGAAUUCUCAAUUCAGCUCAAAAAAAAAUACUUUCCUAUCUACUUACAAUACCGUUUGAGUUGUUUUCCUCCCAAAAACCAUCUUGAGGAUCACUGAAAUCGUUUUAAAUUCGUUCUAGUGUCUCUGCCACUUCCAUGCGAAAUUACUUGAUCGCACAAAAAUUAUGUAGACCAUAUGAAGAGCCUUAGCUCAAAAUCUCCUUCCAAGCUUUCUAGAAAUAUCAACCGCGACCACCGGGUGGGCCUGGUCUCUUCAAAUCGGGAUCGAUUCGCAUACUACCAAUAUUUCAUCACCUCUUUAUACGCAUGGAGUACAAUAAAUGCCUCCUUUGUUUUGGUUUCUUCGAGGGCAAUAAGUAUUUUAUGGCGAGCCAUAAUUGUAUUUCUCGUCUUGUAUGACAGAUGCUUAUUGCACAUACGGCACCUGGAGGACCAAUGAAAUACUAUGAAGAUGUUCUCGACAAGCUUAUCCGAAAUGGCAGGUCUGUUUAUAUUUUUUUCACGCCUAUUUUGUUGUCGUGGAUAACAUUCCUAGAGGAACAACACACUCAUGGAAACAUUCCCUAAAUAGUAAAAAAAAAAAAAA